CUCCCCCAUAAUGAGUCUGCGACGAUUAAUACUGGCUUAGAUAAGAUGGAUUUAGAUUGUCCGACGAAUUCAACGGCUGUUGAAGCAGUCAAAUUCGAUGUGUUAUUGCUUAGUAUUGGUUUGCUUAUUAAUUUGGUUGAAAUGGAUCCUGGAAACCAAGAUGAGUUUCGAAAAGUUGCGAGUGGCCACACAAGUGGACAAAUGUUAAUGAGUUCAUCAUCAUUAGAUCAAGUUCAAUCUGACAAUAUGGCACCUCAUCCUCAAGGAAAAACUAUAGUUGAUUCAUUUUUGGAUAUUGUUGAUAUGUUAAAAUCUUUAGAAACUUA